AUGAGGGUGUGUUACAAGCUGCACAAGGCACCUAUCCGCCACCUCCAGAGUCUCUUUUCAUCUUCGUGCUUUCUUGGGAUCCUUUUGGUGGCCCUAGUCCUCCUGCUACCUAUAAGUUCUGGUAGGAGAAGGGAAAGGGUGUGCGUCAGGGACCAAACAGAAGUGGGUUGGGGAGCAGGAUGUCGGGAACCGAGCACAGAGGGAACUUUGCUUAGUAGGCCAGAUGCCUGUGGUGCUCCACCAACAUAUGUAUCUAUGAUGCUCCAAGGUCAUCCUAAUGAUGUUUAUCAACCCGGGGACCAUGUAGAAUAUCGGUGUCGCCCAGGAUACAUGCAUAUUUCUUUUCCUCUAUACUUGUCUUCUGUUUGUCGGUCUGAUAACACAUGGGAACCUCUCCAUGAGGCUUGUGCAAAAAAAUUAUGCCUAGAUCUAGGAGAUCCCACAAAUGGUAAAGUGGUCUAUGUAAAUGGAACUCACGAGUUUGGUUCACAGGCUCACUAUGUUUGUAAUGACGGUUAUUACUUAAUUGGGAAAAAAAUUCUCCACUGUGUGCUUUCUGGAACUACUGUGGAAUGGAGUGGAAAUCCCCCACAGUGUGAAAAAAUUUUGUGUCAACCACCUGGAAAAAUAGCAAAUGGAAUAUACACCAAUAGCCACAAGGACACAUUUGAAUAUAAUGAAAUAGUAAUUUAUGCUUGCAAUCCUUCAAAAGGACCAGAUGAAUAUUCCCUUGUUGGAGAGAGCAGGCUUGUCUGUACUGGGCAUAACCAGUGGAGCAGUGACCCUCCUGCAUGUAAAGUGGUCAAAUGUCAAUAUCCAGUGCUUGCAAAUGGAAGACUGGUGUCAGGAUUUCGAAAAAAAUUUUACUACAAGGCAAUGUGUACAGUUGAAUGCCUGAAGGGUUUUUACCUUGAGGGCAGUAGCAUUAUCUCAUGUGGACCUAACAAUACUUGGGAGCCUAAAAUGCCAACAUGUGUUAAAGGUACAAAGGGUGUCUUUUAUUUCUAGAUUUUAUUUAUCAGAUAUUAAAUAUCAGUGACACUGAAUAAUUGAAAAGAAGCAGUUUUUGUAAUUAAUGCUAUCUCAUAUUCAUUUCUGUGACAGGUGUAUGACAUAAAAUUUGUGCUUUUGUAGGUUCUCAGCACACUACAUACAUCACAUAGGUGUCUGUUCUUCAGCAUUUCUUAUGUGUAAAAAUGUAUAGCAAUCAUUUUUCAUAGUAAAUUGAAGCAUGAAAAUUUUUACCUAAUGGUUGAUCCCGUCUUUAUUUU